AUGUUCUUCCAAGCCGUUGACCUGACCACCGCACUCCGGCCGUCGCUGCUGCCAGAUGAGACGCUGCUCUUCGUCCAGGACGCCGUCGGGCUCUACGAGGGAAAGUACAAGAUUCCAAACUACCAGUGUGGCCAUGCCUACCUGACGUCCCACCGGAUCUGCUAUGUCGACCUGGAAGAGCCCCGGAAGUGUAUCCUGCCCCGGAGACGGGGAACGCAGACGAGUGCGCCGGCCAGCAUCGUAAAGAGCGAGGCGCGGACGGCGACCUGGGUGUGUCCCAUCUGCUCGUUCUCCAACCCGGUGCCGUCCAACUUUGACCCGGCCGUGGCUGCGUCGACGGCCAUCCCUCCGUGUCUGGCCUGUGGCAUCAAACCGCCGCUGACCACCCUGCUCAAGGCGGCCAUCUCAGCGUCGACCAGCAGCUCGGCCUCUACGCCCACGUCGACACCUACGCCGACAGGCAACAUCUGUCCGAGGUACUCCCCCGCACCCUUUGCACCGUCGACCUCCAGGCUGGAGAGCAGGGAGAUCAACGACUGCGUCAAGCUGUCCUUUCGGGCGGGCGGGGAGAGGGUGUUCCACGAGCGACUGAAGGGGGCACUGGUACAGCGGAAGUGGAUCCUACAGGACGCUCCUCCAGUGCCAACUACUGCUGAUGCUGCUACUGCUACCGGCAACACCGGUACUGCUGGUACUGCUGGUACUGCCGGUACUACCGGUGGAAUAGCGGGCCUGGAACGCCGGGGACUGGAGACACGCAGGAACAACGAGGCGGUGAUCGGGGGAGCGUUUGAGGACCUGGAGGCCCUGAUGGCGUCUGCACGGGAGGUUGUGGCGCUGGCCGAGACCUUUUCGCGCGAGUCGAGUGUGACGGAGGAGGUCUCACAGUCUGCAGCAGCGCUGGGGAUGAUGACGACCAAGGAGGUGAUGGGCUCGUCGUCGUCGUCGUCGACGUCGGCCAGCCUGUACGUGACGGAGCUGUCCCGCAACCUGGCGGAGUACCUGACGGACGAGAGACAGACGAUACUGGCGCAGGCGGGGGGCAUCAUGAGCCUGAUCGACCUGUGGGCGGCCUUCAACCGGGCUCGCAACGGGGUCGAGCUGGUCAGCCCCCGAGACUUCCACGCCGCGGCCGAGCAGUGGGAGCGCCUCCGCCUGCCCGUCCGCCUGCGCCGUUUCAAGAGCGGGCUGCUGGUCGUGCAGCGUGCCGACUGGACGGACGAGCAGACCCUGCGCCAGCUACGGGAGUGGUUCGACGAGAUGCACCGGCUGCCUCCUGCCCCGACGUCGACCUCGACGUCUGCGGAGGUGACCUGGGACUGGCGACUGCAUGGACGGGGGGUGACGGCGCAGGAGACCGGUCGACGCUUUGGCUGGAGCGUCGGGGUGGCUGGCGAGGAGCUGGAGAUGGCAGAGGAGCGAGGCCUGCUGUGUCGCGAGCAGGGGAUCGAGGGCCUCCGCUUCUGGGGCUCGCAUCUCUACCACCGUCUUCAUCUACCACCAUCUUCUCUCUACCAUCUUCAUCUACCAUCUACCAUCUACCAUCUUCAUCUACCAUCUACCAUCUACCAUCUACCAUCUACCAUCUUCAUCUACCAUCUACCAUCUUCAUCUACCAUCUACCAUCUCUACCUCCUCCUACUCUACCCAUUCCAACCGAGAUAA